CGAGCAAACGAACGAGCGAGAAAACGAACGAACGAACGAACGAACGAGUAGCGAAGGAAGGAAGGAGCCCCGGCCUCUUGGUGAAGUCGCCGAUUCGAAUAUCCGUCGCAGUUGCGGAUGCUCGUUCGAAGCGACGAGAUCGAGAGCAAGAGACGCAACAGGCAAAACAAACGCGAUCGCGAUCGAUCGUGAUCGAUCGAUCGAUCGAUUGAUACAUCAAUACUCUUUUUUUUUGUUUGUUCUUUGUAUCGUGUCUCGUGUCGUAAUUAUUAUUGGACACAGUGAUCUUAAAAGGUGUGUUUUGUCACAUAUUCGAAAAAGAAUUUAUUUUUCAUAUCUCGCUCGCGUGACACUCGAUGAUUAAUAAAUAAGGAUCCUUUGGAAAGUGGCUUUUGAGAUUUCUUGAAAUUAUUGUAUAAAUCAACUUGGAAGAUAUCGAUCUUUAGAGGAGAAAGAAGAGAAGGAGGAAUAGGAGGAUCUAUGAAGAUUUAUCGAGCAAAAACACGUUUUUAAGUUUCUAACAAGAUGCUCGUCGCUUCUUCGAAGAUCAUUUAAAACGAUUGUUGUAUGGUUAGUCUUUAUCCGGUGACGACAGAGAUUAGCAAUCAAAGUGUUAAUUGGAAAUGGAGAGACCUUGAAUUUGUCAGAUAGGACCAUUUUCGGUGUCCAUCCUCGCGAGAUGUGGACGAGUAGGAGCUUGGGUCUCCUGUUAACGAUACUGAUCGUCCUGAUCGGGGAUCGCAUAACGAGCUCUCAAAAGCCUCAUCUUGGUGGUGCUGUUAACGUUUUCACUCGCUACGGUUACCUAAGCAUCAGUAUGAGGGUUGUGCCGCGUAAUGACACGGACACUUGGAUAUUUCGUGAGCCAACUUUAGAUGUUUUUAAGAAUCCAAAAGCUAUACCAUCUAAUCAAUUGCAACAAGGGAAAUCGAUGAAUAGCGUAUUCGAUGGUGAUUUUCACAUGGAAUUUUGUGACAACGUAAGACAACUCCUGCAAGCAUAUUUCCGUGAUUUCACUUUCGAGAAAUUAGAAAGACCUUGGCGAGCGUUCACUGCCAGUUGGUCUAAAGCUGCCAUCGCUAGGCAUCUUGGUAUAAACGCAUCUUUCAUCGGCGGCGAUUAUUGUUACGUUCUUGUACGGGUCGCCAGAUUUCGAGAAAAUCAAAAGCUCGUUGCUACAGCUGAAUCAUUAAUCCUCGACGAAGCUGUACUCAGAGAAACAGAGAACGUCACAGUUGGUGAUACCUUUAGUGUCAUUAGCUUCAUCAGGAACUAUGGCUCUCAUUAUAUCGCUUCUUAUAUCACUGGGAAUUCACUCUAUCAGGUAUUUGUUUACACUCCUCAAGUAUAUCUACGUAUAAAGGAACGUUUAAAAAUACGUGGUGUCUCCGAGCUUUCAACAUUGGAACUAAAUAAUUAUUUCUCACCUUGGUACGCCGAACACAUGGGUGCCAUACAAUCCGCAAGUGGAAAUCGUUCAGUAGAAGCUUGGGCUGUUGAAAGACUUCGAGUACAUUAUUACAUCUUCUCGUAUGCCAGCUUGCUGAAACUUCACGGUGAUGCUGCCUUACUCAGACAAUUAGAUGGCUUGCUCGGAAACGAGGCACUCUUACAACUCCAACUUCGUACUUUGGCACCAAUUUUCAAAGAUUUGAAGAAACGCGAGUGGUUCCUAGAAGUGAUCGACAAUUAUUUUAAGCUUUGGGAAGUGAACAUGUGAGAUGGUUAAAUUGCAAUUACGACGAAUGCAAUGUCGUAAAAAAAGAGGUCUUCGUUUCAUAGUGAUUCGUUAGAGGAAUAUGAUGUUACGAUCUUUGAGAUCCAAGAUUGUUCGAGAUGAUUUAUAUAACUGACGAUGAUCGAGAACCGGUUCGAUAAUUUUAUGGAUUUCCUCUUUGAUUUAAACGUUCCUGGAAAGCCGUACUGAACUAUAUAUUACGUACACACGACUUUUCACGUAUUUAGCCCAACUCUGUUAUAUUGUUAUAAAUAAGUAUUUAUUAUUAUAAUCGUUAAUAGAAAACAUUUUUAUACAAAAAGUUUGUAAUAUAUCACAAGCGUUAUUCAAUAAGAUCUCUAAUCGGAAAACGCGCUGAUUAGAAUGUCAUCUAGAUAUAAUCGAUCUAUCGAAUUAAAAUAUUUUAAUCUUAUUUUCUAGAUUAAGUAGGAAAAGAAAAGAAAAUUCUAUUUUAAUAAUGAAUCUCUAUCGCGAUCGUUAUUGGAUUGCUUUUAAUAAUAUGCUCAAAGAUUUAUAGACGUAACGUUGCUUAUUCUUCAAUUAAUUUAAUAUUAAUAAAGCAGCUGCGUUUUCCGUUUGAUUAUUUACGUUAAUUCGUUUGAUAUUGGGAUUAAAGUAUUUGACAUCAUUUAUUUUUACGAUUACACAUGUUGGACGGUAAUUAGAAUAAUUGUUGUCGUCGUCAUUUUUUUUUCUCUUUUCUUUUUAUGUAUACGAAAAGAACUUAUUCUAUUGGCACGAUGAACCUACUGGAUUAGAUAUUAGAAAAUUAUGCGAAUUUUAUGGUUUUAUAGUGUUUUUUAUUAUAAUACGCGAUCAGUCCCGAAUUGAAUAUGUUUUAUUCAUCGAAUUUUAAACGUAUUAUAUUAUAGUAUCCUAAAUGAUAGAAAAAACGCUAUUUACGCGCAUCAAUUCGUAUAUUGUGCUCCUUAAAAAGUAUUUCGAUAAAAGACUUGUACAUAUUGUUUAUCGAUAAAAUUAGUUAUUUGUUGUACGUUCAUCUUGUGUAGAUGGGUGAAGUUAAAAUUAUGCAAACUACAAAUGUAUCGACUCGAUAUUCACAUUGUCUUUAGAAUAUUGUGCUUGAAAUUCUUUCUCAGGUUACGGACAUGGAAAGUAUCUAUAAGUAUAUUUUCUAUCGAGAGUAUCACUAUUAAUUGACAUCUAUAACAAGAACAUAAAAUUACUUUUCAAGUA